AUGGCACUACUGAUAGUACUGAUUACCUGUUUUGUGAUUAUUUUUGCUACUUCCCAGCCUUGCCAGAACCCUGAUGACUUUUUGGCUGCCACUUCUCCAGGGCAUAUCAUGAUUGGAGGCUUGUUUGCCAUUCGAAAAAUGCUGUCCUCAGAAGACUACCCCAGAUGGCCAGAAAUCCAGAAGUGUGUCAGCUUUGAAAUAUCAAAUUUUCUUCAAACUCUUGCCACGAUACACAGCAUUGAGAUGAUCAAUAAUUCAACACUAUUAUCUGGAGUCAAACUAGGGUAUGAAAUCUAUGACACUUGCAUAGAUGUCACAGAUGCAAUGGCAGCUGCUCUGAGGUUUCUCUCUAAGUUCAACUGCUCCAGAGAAAUCGUGGAGUUUAAGUGUGACUAUUCCAGAUACGUGUGCAUAUAUGUGUGCAUAGCCUUCAGAGAAGUUCUCCCAGCCUUCCUCUCUGGUAACACCAUUGAAGUCAGGAUCAAUCAGACACUUGAGAGAAUCAUAGCAGACCAGGUUAAUGUCACUGUGGUAUUUCUGAGUCAGUUCCAUGUUUUCAAUCUCUUCAGUAAAGCCAUUGAAAGGAAUAUAAAUAAGAUCUGGAUUGCUAGUGGUAACUGGUCAACGGCCACCAAGAUCACCACCAUUCCUAAUGUUAAAAGGAUUGGCAAAGUUGUGGGGUUUACCUUUACAAGAAGGAAUAUGUCUUCUUUCCAUUCCUUUCUUGAAAAUCUGCAUAUGUUUCCCAGUGAUAAUAACAAGCCCUUAAAUGAAUAUGCCAUGCAAGGCUCUGCCUGUGCAUAUACUAAGGACAGUGAUCUGAGUCAAUGCAUUUCCAACUAUUCUCAGGGGACUUUGGCCUACAAGGCUAACGAGGAUAUAGAAAGGAACUUCUCGCUGAGAAAUGACUUCCUGUGGGAUUACACUGAGCCGGGACUUGUUCACAGUAUUCAGCUAGCAGUGUUUGCCCUUGGUUAUGCCAUUCGGGAUCUGUGCCAAGCUCGAGACAGUCAGAACCCCAAUGCCUUUCAACCAUGGGAGUUACUUGAUGUACUGAAAAGUGUGACGUUCACAGAUGGAGGGAGUUCAUUUCAUUUUGAUGCCCAUGGAGAUAUGAAUACUGGAUAUGAUGUUGUGCUCUGGAAGAUCAACGGCCACAUGACUAUUGCCAAGAUGGCACAAUACGACCUGAAGGAUGAUGUCUUAAUUGUCACAGACCAAGAAACAAAAAAUGAGUUCAGGAAUCUUAAGCAAAUUCAGCCUAAAUGCUCCAAGGAGUGCAGUCCUGGGCAAAUGAAGAAAACAACAAAAAGUCAACAUAUCUGCUGCUAUGAAUGUGUGAACUGUCCUGAAAAUCACUAUAGUAACCAGACAGCAAUGGAGCUGCCAUCUCAGACCAUGAGAUGGAAUCUGCAAGUUGAAGAUGGCAGAGCAACAAGCCUGAGGAAGCCUUGGCCCACAGCACUCUGGAGCUGCUUUUUCCACCCUGGAUCGCUUAUGCUUAGAGAAUAUGUAAGAAAAACAAACAGCUUGAUAAAUUCAUAUAUGGACUGCUUGUCUACUUUAAUGAGUGGCCAAGCACAAAACCAAUGUGAAGAGUUGGAAGAUUUAACACAGCAAAUAGAUGUAUUCACAUCAAGAACCCUUUGUAGGAAAAUCGCAGGUAAUUGA